UCUGCUGUUUGAAGCUUCUACCACAGCUUGCAUUGUUUGUAGGAGAACCUGCACCAUACCUUUAUCUGUAGCCUCCCCUUAGGUCUUAAGAAACCCCAAUCUUUUCUGUGGACAUUGGAUUUGGUGGAACAGCAAUCAUGACUGUGGGAAAGAGCAGCAAAAUGCUACAGCACAUUGACUAUAGAAUGAGAUGUAUCCUGCAGGAUGGCCGGAUCUUCAUUGGCACCUUUAAAGCUUUUGACAAGCAUAUGAACUUGAUCCUCUGUGACUGUGAUGAGUUCAGGAAGAUCAAGCCAAAGAAUGCAAAGCAGCCAGAACGUGAAGAAAAGCGGGUUUUGGGUCUAGUGUUGCUGCGGGGUGAGAACUUGGUUUCCAUGACUGUGGAAGGACCACCUCCCAAAGAUACUGGCAUUGCUCGGGUACCACUAGCUGGAGCUGCAGGAGGCCCUGGGGUUGGUAGGGCAGCUGGAAGAGGAGUCCCAGCAGGUGUUCCAAUUCCGCAAGCUCCUGCUGGAUUAGCAGGUCCUGUCCGAGGGGUUGGAGGGCCUUCUCAACAGGUAAUGACUCCACAGGGAAGAGGGACUGUAGCUGCUGCUGCAGUUGCUGCUACUGCCAGCAUUGCUGGAGCCCCAACACAAUACCCACCUGGACGGGGAACUCCACCCACUCCUGUGGGGCGAGCAACCCCACCUCCAGGAAUUAUGGCUCCUCCACCUGGUAUGAGACCACCCAUGGGCCCUCCAAUUGGGCUUCCCCCCUCUAGGGGGACACCAAUAGGCAUGCCUCCCCCAGGAAUGAGACCCCCUCCACCAGGAAUUAGAGGUCCACCUCCCCCUGGAAUGCGUCCACCAAGACCUUAGGAUUCUAUCAAUCCCUCUUAAUCACUUCUUCCCUGCAGUGUGUCUUGUGAAACUGUAGAGUAUUUGUGAGCUUUUUGUCCCCUUAUUGUUACACAAUAAAUAGCUAAUAAAUGCAUAGAACAAUUAAACUGCAAGAUACUGUUGUA